AUGGCAGUUAGCAUUGGUUCCCAGGGCGAGUGGCAGCGCAUCCUCGGCUCGUCCACCAUUGUCGUCGCAGACUUCUACGCCGACUGGUGCGGCCCAUGCAAGAUGAUCGCGCCGACGUUCGAGUCGCUGGCCACCAAGUUCUCCAAGCCCGGCAAGAUCACCUUCUGCAAGGUCAACACCGACAGCCAGCAGGCCGUCGCCUCGGCCCACGGCGUCCGCGCCAUGCCCACCUUCCUGAUCUUCAAGAGCGGCUCCGUCAUCGACACCAUCCAGGGCGCCAACCCGCCCGCCCUCACGGCCGCCGUCGAGAAGGCUGUCAAGCUGGCCGGCACCGCCGCCCCCGGCGCCUCGUUCAAGACGCCCGGCCGAACCCUGGGCGGGCCGGCUGCUGGUGCCGCCGCUGCAGCGCGCAGCUCUGGCGGGCGCUCCCUCAGCCGGCCCUCGAGCCUGAGCAUGUUCAACAUCUUCAAUAUGCUGAUGACCUUUGUCGGGCUCUACUUUGUGACCCUCUUCUCCUUUGACGCAUACAAGGCGGCCGAGAACUCGGACUUCAAUGUCCACAAGCCGCGCUCCCAGACGUUCGGAAGGGGGCAGGCCACGGGGCAGGCCACAGGGCAGCCAGGGAACAAAGGUGGACCAGCUCGCCCGUCGACUGGGGUGAGGACGCUCGCAGACUUUGGAAACUAA